CUUCCCAGCUCGACUUCUUUCAUUCACCCAUCAGACAACAUCAAGCGCGCCUACCAGCGGCCAAACAAAAUUUGAACAGAUCAUGAAGCAAAUCCUCACCAGCCUAGUCUCUCUUUCAGCCGUCCUGCUGCUAUUCGUACUCAUCAGUGAAUACGCCCCCAGAUGCAGCGGCCAAGUGCACCACAGAUUCAGCGGGUGGCGGCCCGGUGGAAAAAAGCGAUCGGAUGCCUCAGAAGUCAACUCGAACAAGAUUACCAUUGAGAGGCCGCAACAACCGAUUUGCAAGCAGACGACAGACCAACUCGAACUACUCGAAGACGACUCUGAUAUUCUAGGAGAUUUGAGGAGAGCAGCAAAUAGGAUGAGACUUCUUCAUCUCUUCAACUUGUCAAAGUCUCGACUGAACGAAUUAAAGGAUACAUCAAUGAACGAAGUUGACGAGAGGCCUAUUUAUGAAGACUAUCUAGAGGAGGGUUUAUAGGAGACAACAAUUCUUUCACGCUCGCAUAAUAGUUUAUUUUAAAUAUUCUUUAUACUUCAUCAUUUAAAUUAAUGAAGUUGUAAACCAGAACAUUUUAGCGUUUAAUUUUAAGCAAAAUGUCCCCCGCAAAGUGUCAUCCCCCUCAUGCAUGUCAUAUUUAAGAAUCACGUGAUUUCAGCCAUGGGUAAUUUAAUGAACAUUAUACUUUCAUAUAAUCACCUUUUUUCAGUGAUUUCAACCGAGGGUGAUUUGAUGAGCAUUAUACUCUCAUUGCAUAUAUCACUUUUUCUCGCCAGGCAAGGACCCCCAAAAUUCUAUAUUUUGAUUAUUUACGUAUAAAGUUUAUUCUUUCCAGUCCGUAUAUAUAUAUAAAAUAACUCUUUUCUAUUGAGGAAUUUAACUCGAAUGCUAUACUAAUCGUAAAAAAUAUUGAAUCGGUUAUGAUAUUAUUAAUCUUGAAAACCUGCAUAAAUAGUCUUCAUUGUAGAUGUUUAUAUUAUAUUCUAUACGUACAGACACAUUCUUCAGCUGCAAUCUGUAUUUAACGGCCAUGGAUCUUUUAAAUAGCAAAGUUAUCUAGAAUAUGUGAACAUGUUUAAUUUCGCAUUGAUGUAUAUACUUGUACAAAAUGAAGUAAGACAAUGCUUCGUUACUCAAGUGUGUGGAUGUGGGAAAAAUUGGAGUGAUAUGUUAUGCAUGAAGAAUUAAAUGAGAAUAUUUCACAGGUAUCAAAUUUUUAAAGUGCAAAAUAUAACUUUAAGUUGAUUUUGUUAGAUUA